AUGAAGUUAUUAAAAAUAUAUUAUAUUUUUUUUAAUUUAGUAUUAUUUCUAAAUAUAGUUCAGUUAAGUUUAUCAUGUGAAACUCAAUCUUCGCUAGAAAAUCCAACAUUUAACACAAAUGUAGAUUACGGACCUAGUAUAGAUCAUAUGUUUGGUAAAUCCUUCAAAGAACUUGUGACAUCACUUGAAGAAGAUUUAUUAUAUGAAAAUUAUUCAUUACUAUCAGAAUUUAGUGGAUCUCUCGAGAAUUUUGAAUAUGUUCCAGAAGAUGAAGGUUUUAACGAAAUAUAUGAAGCAGUUAAAAAUUCCUCAAAAAAAAAAUCCAAAAAAAAAAAUACGAAAUCCAAAAAUUACAAAUCUCAAAAGUCAAAAAGCUCUUUGCCUCAAAACAAUGAAUACGAUAGUUACGAUUCAUAUGAAGAACUGGAUGAAGAUAAUAUAAAUUUAAAAAGUUAUGAUAAAGAAGAACAUAAUGAUUCUGAGGACUCAUCAAGUGAAUACAACGAAUUAGAAGAAUCGGACGAUGAAAAAAUAGUCUUUGGUAAGCUACAAUUCUUCAAUGUAAAUAAUCAGAAAUCCGACUACACUAAAAAUAUACCUUCCCAUGAAACAAAUGCAUCACAUAAUAAAAAUGAUACCAAAAAAUCUGACGACGAAAACGAUGGCAUGGUUAAUGCAUUUAACGAAAGGUCUCGUAUUAGAAAAAGAAAAAAUAAAAAUCCUUUUGAAAAUUUUGUAAUAAAUUAUACUUAUGAUGAUUUUCUUGUAAAACAUAAUCUGAGCGAUAAUAUUUCAGGACAUAAUAAAAUGCCUGGAGAACGUUUUGCCCUUGACGAAUUCUAUAAUAGAAUAGUUAAGUAUAGAAAUAUUGAAAAUUAUAUAUUAAAAUUAUUAUUUGAUAAUUUUAAAAACCAAAAUGAUCUUGGUAGAAAAUAUAUAUUAAACAACUUUCAGGAGGUAGCAUCUUUCGUUAAAUUACUAUUACGUAAGAAUUUUGUACAACUAAAUAGUUCUGAAGAAGAAAUGUUAUUCGAGAAUGCUAAAAAAUUAUUACAAAAAACAUACAAAAAAUUAAAUUAA